GGUAUCAUAGAAGAUGUGAAGUUUAUCUUUGGUCAGCGAGGUACUCGUAUUCUCCGUCUACAAGGAUGUGAUAUCGAGGCCAGCUCCAGCCAAUCGUCAAGCUCAGAUAUAUCACCAGAUUUCGGUGGACAAAGUCAUGACAGUCAACUCUCACCGUUCGGUGGGGGACACGAAAGCAUACCAGAUGUUGGAGUCGGAGUCGGAGUAGGAGUCGGUGUGGGAGUAGGAGUAGGAGUUGGUCCUUUGGUCAGUCAACCAAAUAUCCACCCAUCAGUCCAUGAGGUCGAAACCCCUGAACAAGAAACAAUCGCACCCGUACCCCCUAAGAUGCCCGAAGUCCCAACCGUUCCCAAUACUCCCCAUACCGCGAUCGAGCCCGGAGUCGUCGAGGGACCGCUCAAUGACGGAUCUCCGAUGAAUUACAAUCUCCCGUCGCUAUACCUUCCGAACAGUCCCGGAUCGCACAAUUUCGCAGAGCCGACAAACGGUGCGAGACCAAUGCCGAACAUGAAUGAUGUCAUACCAAAUGGUCAAUGCGCUAUCACAUGUGAUCAAAUCUCGCAGUUACGAAAUAUGGUCGACGUGCUUUCACAGGGACAAGAAAAUAUCCUCACCAGGGUGACUGACAUGGAUAACAGAAUACCAAGUCAAACUCCUCCCUGGUUAGAUGGAUGUUUCUAUAAGAAUGAGAUCAGACAAAACUUCGAGGAAUGGAAGGACGAUGCCUGUACUACCUGCGAAUGCAAUGCCCCUGCUGUGACGUGUCGUUUGAUUGAAUGUCAACCAAUCACAUGCCAGAAUCCUAUCAUCAAACCAGGAGAAUGCUGCCCUCAAUGUCCAAAUGAGGAGCAGGGAUGGAGUGAUUGGACCGAAUGGACAUCUUGUUCAGUUACUUGUGGUUCUGGUACCAUGCAGAGAGGACGCUCGUGUGAUAGGAUGAGGUAUCCCUGUAACGGACGAAGUGUGGAGACCAGGAACUGCAUCCGGGACUCGUGUGUCUCGGUUGUUGAUGGUGGUUGGAGUAACUGGACACCAUGGGCUUGUGGUAUCACAUGUGGUGUAGGAACUGAGACUAGAGUACGAUCCUGUAACUCUCCACCCCCGCAGAACGGCGGGGCAAGGUGUCUGGGUGAAGCCUUUGGAGCAGGACGUGAAGAGAGACUGUGUCAGCGAGACCCGUGCCCUGUUGAUGGAGCUUGGGGGGAGUGGUCGCUGUGGACGGCAUGUACCCAUUCUUGUGAUGGUGGUAAUCAGGAGAGGUAUCGAUUCUGUGAUAGCCCCACCCCUGCACAUGGUGGUAGGAAUUGUUCAGGUAUCAAAAGGCAAGAACAGAUGUGCAACCAGAGACCAUGUCCGAUUGAUGGAUGCCUUUCAAGCCCAUGCUUUGAAGGUGUUGAUUGCCGUAGUAGUGAUGAUGGUGUGUUCCAGUGUGGCCCAUGUCCUGUUGGUUUCAGAGGGGAUGGCCAAUCAUGUACAGAUGUCAAUGAGUGUCUUGAGGUUCUAAAUACAUGUUUCCAUCAUCACAGUCAACAUAGAUGUAUCAAUAAGAUCCCUGGAUACUCCUGUCAAGAAUGCCCAACUGGUUACCGUGGUAACCAACCUAAUGGUAUCGGUAUCUUCCAUGCUAGCAGAUACAGACAGCAAUGUAUCCCGAUCAACCCAUGUACAGAAGGCACUCAUGACUGUGCUCCUGAUGCUAAGUGUACAUUCUUCGGACCUUAUAGUCAACCUCAAUACGGAUGUCGGUGCCGAACAGGAUACGCUGGAGAUGGAUACGCAUGUGGACUAGACAGUGAUCUCGAUGGCCGACCUGAUGUCGAUCUCGACUGCCAAGGACUCGGUGAUUACAUGCAUUGUCAUAAGGAUAAUUGUCCUCGUCUGCCAAACAGUGGACAAGAAGACAGCGAUCGCGAUGGGGAGGGAGAUGCUUGCGAUGACGACGACGAUGAUGAUGGUAUCAGAGACGACAGGGAUAACUGUCAGUUUACUCCCAACCGAUGGCAAGGAGAUCGAGAUCGUGACAAGGUUGGUGAUGAGUGUGAUAACUGUCCUACUCACUCCAAUCCAAGGCAAGAGAACGUCGAUGGCGAUGAGUUCGGUGACGAAUGCGAUGACGACAUCGAUAAUGACGGACACGACAACUUUAUAGAUAACUGCCCGAAACACGCCAACGCUAACCAGGAUGACAGUGAUCAUGAUGGUCUGGGUGACCUCUGUGAUAACUGUCCAUUCGACUUCAACCCUCUACAGAUCGAUACCGAUGAUGAUAACGUUGGCGAUGAAUGUGACACGGAUGAAGACGUGGAUGGUGACGGUCAUCAAGAUAAUCUAGAUAACUGUCCCGACAUCCCUAAUGCUAGUCAGAAGGAUCAUGAUAAUGAUGGCAUCGGUGAUGCGUGUGAUCCGGAUGACGAUAACGAUGGCGUGACCGAUGCCGAUGAUAACUGUCGUCUGGUUUUUAAUCCUAGUCAGAACGAUACCGAUGAGAAUGGACGCGGUGAUGCGUGUGAAUCUGACUUUGAUGGUGAUGGUGUAGCUGAUAUCAUGGAUGCUUGUCCUGAGAAUAGUAUGAUCCAAAGAACAGAUCUCUCAGCAUUCCAGAUGGUACCUAUGGAUCCAUCAGGAGCAUCUCAACUCGAGCCUAACUGGAUGGUUAGGAAUCAUGGUCUGGAGCUGGUGCAGACUAUCAACAGUGAUCCAGGAUUAGCUGUCGGCUAUGACGAGUUCGAGAGCGUAGAGUUUAGUGGUACAUUCUAUGUGAACACAGCGAAAGAUGAUGAUUAUGCUGGGUUCAUCUUUGGCUACCAAUCCAAUCAUCGAUUCUAUGCUGUCAUGUGGAAGCAGGUUACGCAGAAAUACUGGCAACCUGACCCUAGCCCCGCUGAAGCUACUGCUGGUCUUCAACUCAAGCUGAUUAACUCAACAACUGGCCCAGGAGAAUACCUGAGAAACGCUAUGUGGCACACUGGAGAUACAGAAAACCAGGUGAAGUUGAUUUGGAGCGAUCCAAACAAGAUUGGGUGGAAAGAUUUCACAGCUUACAGAUGGACAGUCCAACACAGACCCAUUGAUGGAUUUAUGCAGGUGACAGCGUGGGAAGGUAGUAAUGUAUUGGCAGACUCUGGCCCCCUCUACGACUCAACGUUACGCGGAGGACGAUUGGGACUAUAUUGCUUCUCUCAGGAGAUGGUCUUCUUCUCCGACAUGGAAUAUAGAUGCCUAUCAGAUUACUAAGAAGCAAUCGAUACUCCCAAUCAGAAUGUUAAAGAGAUACGAACUGCUGAUCCCUUCCUUAACACCAAGAAUUGUAUUCAUCAUCGGAGUUCAUCGCUAAAAAAAAAGACGAUUAUUGAAAAAGGAAAAACAAUGCAGGUGUGUGCUAAGACAGUGAUAAAAGGGUCAUCGAGAUACAGAGCUGCAUAUUCAGGGAAGAUAUCUUGGAAAUGAGAAAGUUGGUGAUUGAUUCGACGAAUAAACUUUGAGAUGACAGAGAGAUGAUAGCGAUAGCCAGAUGUCUAAAAAUCGUACAGUUCUCACCGAUGAAAACACAUCUUUAGAAGGAGUAAAGAGAAGACUAAACCAGGAGGAGGAGGAGGAGGAGGAGGCACUUCGUGUACCAGAAGGAUGUGUUUAAGUCAAAGUGGGGGUCAUUAUAAAGCCGUGCAAAUGACACAGCGUUAAUUUCGAAAUACUAUUAAGUAUGAGAUUUUGACUGACUUGAAAGCGUGAUUGAUUUCAUGACUAAUUUACUGGACAGCAUUGUAUAUGCCUCUUAUUUUCUCGCUCGGGUCAUAACAAGUGACGAGUGUCAUAUUAUUGUUCUUCACUUGGAUUUAUUAUAUUCAAAUACUAAUGGUGUAUUUUAACUUAUGUACAGAAUGAUUAUGCAUGGCCUUAGUGAUUAUUUCGCUUUCCUAAGUCUAUACAGUGAGCAAUAUUACAAACUCAAUGGUCAGUUGACACGCUGUUUUAAAAAAAAAUUGGUUGAUUUUAUUAAAAAAACUAAAUAGUAAGAAAUUAAAUGCUCUGUGACUUCCAAGUCGAUCAAGAUAAUAUUGAUUGUCGUGAUUCUAUUUGUUUGACUAUUUAUGGUGUAUGUAAGACUAAAAGUAACGUAAAGCAAGGCAACUGAAUUUAUGCAAUGAAGUGUCUGUGUAUUUUGUAUGUGUGUGCCAAAUUGUGACUGUGUCUAUGUGUUGUUGAUCUUGGAGCGUGCAUGCGUUGUGCUUAUAGUUUAUAGUUCUGCUUAUUUGUACUCUUUUAUAAAGUUAUGAACGAAUACAUUUAUCGUUCAUUACACUUUUCUGUACUUUACUAAGAAUAAACAUUGAUUGAAAAUAUUUAAGUCAUGGCCUUGGCAAUGGAUUCACUGCAAUGGAUAUUUGAUAUUGUUAGUUCACGUAAUCACUAAAAUGUUCUAAAAAUCUAGUCAUUAACCUAUUAUUGAAGAAAUAAAUAAAUUUCCAUAAUGCGAAGAAUAUUUAACUUUCAUAACCCAUUCAAUUUGCGGAUCAAUUUUGUUUAACAUGUAGACACAUAAGAAUAGCUGCUUUAAUAUCGGUUGACACUCUCUUGAGAAGUGACAUUGUGUAGAAUUAAACCCGUUUGCUAGGCUGCGAUGUAAUACCAUUUUGAAUGUAAACGUCAAGUGAUUUGACAUAGUGUAAAUAUUUAUCGUCAAAACUAUUUUACCUAAGGUAAUCUUAUAGCUGUUGGAUGUGUUAGUAUACAGUUUAUCACAAAUAUGCUACGUAUUGUACAUACGAUAAAACUGUUGUUGUAUUAAUGAUUAUUAUUUUAAAUAAACUAUUCAUUAUGUCCUUAAUCUUUUAUUAUCGUUCUGAAGUAAAACACUUAUAAAUGUGAUCUCUAAAUUAAAUUGAAAGAAAUACGAUGCAUUUCACAUCAAAUACAAAAAAAUAUAUAAUUGUUGUGAUGCAUUUUCGACAAAUAUGAUCAUGAAAUGUCUCCGCCGUUGGAAAAAUAAUCUCUUUCAUAAUUAUUUUCUUCACAAAUAAUAUGAUUACGUUCUCUUGCCAAGACAGCUUAAUUAUAAAUGCAUUGACCUGGGAUAUUUUUGAAUAAAGAAGAAGAAGAAAACAAACAAAAAUUUACGAAAGGAACAAAAUUGAACCAGCUUGUAUGCUUUUUCUCAAAAAGGUUUUGUAGGAUCAAUAAUGAGUAAAGUAAUGAUAACAAAUAUUGAAGAUAGAUGGUGAUACUGAGAUUUUACUUGUAUAAUAUAAACUACAACAGAUACAGGAAGCUGUUAUUUGUAUCAGUUUCCCAUUAUACUGAAAAUUGAUGAGAUUUCGUAAAUAUUUUGAAAUUAGAGAAUUGAAGAGUUCAUACAAUGGAGACCAAAAUCAUCUUUGUCGUUUUGAAGGGGUUAAUGGGGAAACCGAUGUUGACGUUUUGAAAGAUUAAUAAAUAUUUACCUCGGUAAGUUUUAAGCCGA